CCUUUUUAAUGCCGAGUCCAUUGCACCGUUCCAAGACUUUCACAAACCUCUCACCAUCUCUCUCUCUCUCUGAUUUAAUGGCCAAAGGAAGUGGACUCUCCUUUGAUUCAGAUCCAUCUCGCUUCUUUCUACUCAAACCUACUGUCCUCAAUUCCUUUCCAGAAGAUAAUCACGACUGGAAACUCAUCAACUCUCACAUGGACAUGGACGCCACCCCCACCACCACUUCUUCCUCUCCUCCUCCCACCACCAUCCAAUUCCCAGUCAACCUCACUUGUUCACAUCCUCGUCUGCCCGAUCACCACACCGUCAUCGGCGAGAUGGAUUUCUUUGCCGAUAAGGACACUACUCUCGCUCGCGAUUCCAACCACUCCCCCACCGAUACCAACCACUCCAUUUCUCAUAACACCGACUUAGAUUUCAAUGUAAACACUGGUCUGAAUCUGCUCACCACUAAUACUAGCAGUGACCAAUCCACGGUUGAAGAUGGGACGUCGACGAACAUGGAGGACAAAAGAGCUAAAAAUGAGCUGGCUGUUCUUCAAGCAGAACUGGAAAGGAUGAACGCGGAGAAUCAGCGUCUGAGAGACAUGCUUAAUCAGGUUACAACGAAUUACAGUUCUCUGCAGGGGCAUUUGGUAACACUGAUGCAGCAGCAGCAGCAGCAGCAGCAACAGCAAGAAGACCAGAAAGUCGAGCACAACGACGAACAUGAUCAGACCAUUGAUGGGAAAGGAGAAGAGAAGAGACAAAACGCAGCUGGAUUGAUAGUGCCGCGACAGUUUAUGGAUCUUGGUCUCGCCGCCGCAACCGACACCGACGAGCUUUCACUGUCUUCCUCUGACGGCUCGGGUUCGCCGGUCAAUCACUCGGAAGUUGGGUCCAAGGAGCUGGUGAUAAGGAAGAGUACCGGGAAUGGUGAAGAAGGUAAUAUCGUGCUUGAUCAAGACAAGAAGGAAUUUGGGAGGGGAAUUGGCAGAGAAGAUAGUCCAGAUCAAGGUCGACAAAGUUGGGGAGGAGCAAACAAGGUCCCCAGGUUCAAUUCUUCAAAAAGCGUUGAUCAAACGGAGGCCACCAUGAGAAAAGCUCGAGUCUCUGUUAGAGCCAGAUCAGAGGCACCCAUGAUCAGUGAUGGAUGCCAAUGGAGGAAAUACGGCCAGAAAAUGGCCAAAGGAAACCCUUGUCCUCGAGCUUAUUAUCGAUGCACCAUGGCUGCUGGUUGCCCAGUUCGAAAACAAGUCCAGCGAUGUGCAGAGGAUCGAACCAUACUCAUAACGACAUACGAAGGCAAUCACAACCACCCAUUGCCGCCAGCCGCCAUGGCCAUGGCAUCCACAACGUCGUCCGCCGCAAGAAUGCUACUGUCAGGCGCAAUGUCAAGCGCGGACGGCAUAAUGAAUUCCAACUUCCUGGCGAGAACCCUUCUUCCUUGUUCCUCAAGCAUGGCCACCAUAUCAGCUUCAGCUCCUUUUCCUACUGUUACAUUGGACUUAACACAAACACCCUCCACAAACCCUUUACAGUUCCAGAGGCCGCCCACCCAAUUUCCUGUUCCAUUCCCAAACCCAUCUCAGAAUUUAUCCAAUUCACCAGCCGCAGCAUUGCUCCCCCAAAUUUUUAGCCAGGCACUUUACAACCAAUCCAAAUUUUCUGGCCUACAAAUGUCUCAAGACAUUGAUCAUAAUUCCCAAUUGGAUCAUCACAAAAGUCAAUCCACAGCAGCUCAACAAGGGAUCCAGCAGCAGCCGAACUCGCUGGCUGACACCGUGACUGCCGCCACUGCAGCCAUUACGGCUGACCCCAACUUCACUGCAGCUCUAGCUGCAGCUAUUACUUCUAUCAUUGGCGGAAGUGCCGCACAGCCAAGCAGCAUAUCCGGUAAUAAUACCAGCCUCGCUGCCAGCUCCCAUAGCAAUGGCAAUAUCAAUAGCUAACAACAGCAACAGCUAUGGCAACAACAAAAUCAACAGUCAAAUUUUUCCUGCAAAUUAAAGCGAACAUACUUGUCCUUUUUUGCCUAAUUAUUUUCCUUUGGGAAUCUUUUAUUUAUUCUUUUGGGGUUGGAAGGAACAAAAAAGAAAACUAUACUAUCCCUUUGUUUUUUUUUUUUCGGGCUUCAAUUUAAUUUUUGGAGGGUUCUAAUCUUAGGAACAACGGGAAUACACUGGUGAUAUUCUUUUCUUGUUUGAAUAAUUUCGUUUCCGUUUUGUAUGUCAAUACUAAGUGAAGAAAGAACUGAAACCAGCAGAAAAAAUGCAUGUUAUUGAUUAGGUUAGAUUAGAUUUUUGGUAUUGUAUGGAUCUGGAAAUGAAAAGAUGUUUCUUUAUUA